GCUCCCGGCGUUUGAGUGUGGCAGCAGUGCGGACAGGCCGCAUGUGAUAUACAGUUAGUGUGCUCGUGUGCAUUGUCAGCUGUGAUCUCUUACAUCCCUGAGUUAGAUUUAAAAACCGUUGUUUCAGAUUUAUAAGAAAAAUGCCUAAGAAAUCAACUAAAGUGGCUGAAUGGGAAGGUGAUGAAGAACCAGAAACAGAUAAACCUGUCAAGAAAGGAAAGAAAGAUAAGAGCGGAAAGAAGAGUUUUUUUAAGGAACUGGCAACAGAUGAAAAGCCAGAUAAAGAAGAACAGCCACCAGUAAAAGAGGCACAAGGGAAACAGGCCCAGAAGAAAAAGAAAAAAAGACAGAAAGGGAAUGCAGGAGAUGAUGAUGAUGAUGAUGAAGAGGUCCUGCAGCGUCUCAAGAAACUGUCAGUCCAGCCUAGUGAUGAAGAUGAAGAAGAGGAAAAGGUAGUUGCUCCAGUCAAAGGAGGAAAGAGAAACAAAGGAGGCAACAUAUUUGCUGCUCUAGGGCAGAGUGAUGAUGAUGAUGAUGAAGAGAAGGAAGCAGGUGGAGAUGAUGAUGAUAAACCUAAGAAAAAGAAUGGCUCUAAGGAUGUUGAGAGGGUAACCAAGGGCAAGAAAAAAGAUAAGGCUAAACCUAAGGCUAUGAAGGAGGCCUCUGAGGAUGAACAAGACGAAGAGAUGGAGAAAAAAGAUGUGAAUGAAAAGAAAGGAGUAAAAAAUGUCAAGAAAGCCACUCCUGAAGCAAAUAAAGUGAAGGAGGAAGAUGAAACUGAGAAGAAAGAGCCAGAGAAAUCUCAGAAGAAAGGCAAGAAGGAACAGCCCAAGAAAGGAAAGCCUGCUCGCCGCCCUCCCAGUGAAGAUGAGGAAGAGGAGGAGAAGAGCGAUGAUAAUGACACAAUGAUGUGUGCAGAGGAUGCGAUUGCGGCUGAGCACGCCAAUGCAAAUCAAGAGGAGGAUCCGUUUGCUAACAUGAGUAAAAAAGAGAAGAAGAAGAAAAAGAAAAUGAUGGAGUAUGAGCGUCAGGUGGCAAGUGUUCGUGCUCAGAACGCUAUGGAGGGAGAUUUCUCCGUCUCGCAGGCCGAGUUGUCCUCGCGACAGGCCAUGCUGGAAAACGCUUCAGAUAUCAAGUUGGAAAGAUUUAGCAUUUCAGCCCACGGUAAAGAGCUGUUUGUGAAUGCAGACCUUCUGAUUGUUGCUGGGAGACGCUAUGGUCUGGUUGGACCGAAUGGUAAAGGAAAGACCACGCUACUGAAGCACAUUGCCAACAGAGCUCUCAGUAUUCCUCCUAACAUCGACGUGCUGCUUUGUGAGCAAGAGGUGGUGGCGGACGACACUCCUGCGGUCCAGGCAGUGCUUAAGGCAGAUACUCGGAGACUGAAGCUGCUGGAAGAAGAGAAACAGCUACAGAGUCGGUUGGAGAAAGGAGAUGACAGCGUAUCAAAGAGACUUGAGAAGGUCUAUGAGGAGCUGAGGGUGAUCGGAGCCGCAGCAGCUGAAGCCAAAGCUCGUAGGAUCUUGGCUGGUCUGUCUUUCACUCCCGAGAUGCAGAACAGACCAACCAAGAAGUUUUCUGGUGGUUGGAGGAUGAGAGUGUCCUUGGCAAGAGCACUGUUUAUGGAGCCCACUUUGCUCAUGCUGGAUGAGCCCACAAACCACCUGGACCUGAACGCUGUCAUCUGGCUUAACAACUACUUACAGAGUUGGAAGAAAACCUUACUCAUUGUGUCCCACGACCAGAGUUUCUUAGAUGAUGUCUGUACAGAUAUCAUUCAUCUGGACAAUCAGAAACUCUAUUACUACAGGGGCAACUAUCUGACGUUUAAGAAGAUGUACGUACAGAAACAAAAAGAACUUCUCAAGCAGUAUGAGAAACAAGAGAAGAAACUCAAAGACCUGAAAGCUGGUGGCAAGUCAACAAAACAAGCUGAGAAACAGACAAAAGAAGCUCUGACGAGGAAACAGAAUAAAAGCAAGAAGAAGGGUCAAGAAGAGGAAAGCCACGAGGCCACAGAGCUCCUCAGACGGCCUAAAGAAUACACCGUUAAAUUUACCUUCCCCAAUCCUCCUCCGCUCUCGCCACCCAUUCUCGGCCUGCACAGUGUUGAUUUCGGUUAUGAAGGCCAGAAGCCUCUGUUCAAGAAUGUGGACUUUGGAAUUGACAUGGAGUCUAGAAUAUGCAUAGUUGGACCCAAUGGAGUUGGAAAAAGUACCCUGCUUUUGCUCUUGACUGGAAAAUUAACUCCUACAAGAGGAGAGAUGAGAAAGAACCACAGAUUGAAAGUAGGUUUCUUUAACCAGCAGUACGCGGAUCAGUUGAACAUGGAGGAGGCUGCUACAGAGUAUCUCCAGAGGAACUUUAACCUUCAAUACCAGGAUUCCAGGAAAUGCCUGGGUCGCUUCGGUUUAGAGAGCCAUGCACACACCAUCCAGAUCUCCAAACUCUCUGGCGGUCAAAAAGCAAGAGUGGUCUUUGCUGAACUUUCUUGUAGGCAACCUGAUGUCCUCAUCCUGGAUGAGCCCACUAACAACUUGGACAUCGAGUCAAUCGAUGCAUUAUCAGAAGCCAUCAAUGAAUACAAAGGGGCUGUGAUAAUUGUGAGCCAUGAUGCCAGGCUGAUCACUGAGACCCAGUGCCAUUUGUGGGUGGUGGAGGACCAGUCUAUCAACCAGAUUGAUGGAGACUUUGAAGACUACAAGAGAGAAGUGCUGGAAGCCCUUGGAGAAACGCUGGUCAACAAGCCUAAAGAAUGAACAAUGGCUGGUAUUGAAAUCAAGGAUGUCAAACUGCAUCACCGAAAGGCUGGAUGCACAUUUUUUAGUUUCGAUAAACAUAAAAAUACCAUGCCAAGUCCUAUACAAACUGUUUGGGGUGAUUUGUAGAAAGCCUUGAUGUAGGAUGCGUUUGUCAUUCCAGAUCAAUAUUUUUACAAAAUACAGCACUUGUUCUUUAAGGCUAAUGUCUGACAUUUUUGUUUUACUAUAUUUAGGCCAUUUCAUCGCCAGCUUUUUUCAUUUGUGUGAUGCAUUGCUAGACAACAUACUACUGUAUGUAAUGUGACCAGAGGAAAGGGUUUGAUAACAGCUGCAUACAUUUAGUUUUAAGCUGCCUUUAUAAAUAGACAGUUUGGCUAUUAAAUCACUGUAGAAUCCAUAUGAAAUGGAUUGUGGUACCAUUUUAACCAGUAAAAAGCAUCCGAUUGAGUGGUCAUCUGCAGUUUAUCUGUUAUCACAGUCAUUGACCAACUCAAUCUGAAUAACAAGUAAGCAUCCAAAUGUUGCCAU